AUGAUAUCAGAAGUGGUCUCUACAAUUCCAGACUAUCGCAUCUCACCGGAAGGGAAGAAAAUGCUAUACCUAAUCCAGCAGGAACAUAGCGAGUCUGUCAACAAGGAUUCACACGGUAAACCCAUCCUAGGGUUUUCUUGUGGUGAGGAGCGAGGACAGAAGAGACCGGGCCGAGCUCUCAUUCACCCCCAAAAUUUCCGCUCCUUUUUGAAUGCUCUUCGAGUACUCGUCGUAAGCAACGGAUAUAAUGGGUCUUGCAGAGUCCUUGAAGAUCCAAAAAAAUCCUUUCGCGCUAUAUUUAGAGACUUGGUGGAAUUGGGGAGCCAGUGUGUCUCCGAGACGCUGAAGGUCCUCAACAUUGACCUCUGGAAGCUGAGGUUUGGUUUGGAGAGCAGUUUUGAGAUUGAGCAAUGUCUACUCGGUAAAGGAUUUGGGAUGGCCGUUCAUGAUGGCCGUUCACUCUCAUUUUUCGUUGAUGUGAGGGAUUUUCAGCGGAAUACGCUUGCUAAGGGACUUCCUUUCCUUGGUGAGGGAUUGGGGAAUGGCUGUCAAGCACAGCGCACAGAAAAUAUUUGA